CCGCAAGUGGGGCUGCGAUGCCGACCAGAAGUAAGACAGAGACGGGAAAAGGAUAUGAACUCUACAUUUCUCAGCUUGGUGAAGUCACAUCCUGUGAACCGCUGGAGCAGAAUGUCUUAUAUCAGCUGCGGAUGGACCAAAGUAAAUGGAAAUCCAGACAAGCAGGAAGUGUGCAGUACGGAGUGUCAGAAGAGCGCCCAAAGGGAUGUAACUUGCAAACGGAACUCAGCCAUUCCAGAUGGAAAGAGAUAAAUUAUGGAUCGGCUGGAUUAAUGAUCGACUCCUAUAAUUACCUUCACUUUUACCUCGAUGGCAGUCUGAUAGACACAGAGAAAAUACCAGUUUCAAGACCGUGUUACGACCUGUUUAAACUCAACACUCGCAUGAAGGUCACGUUGCUGCACCCGAUACUAAAGAUCAUCUAAAGCUGAAGGAAGACAAACUGAGCGAGAACAAGACUAUACAAAAAAAGUUCAUUUGCUUAGUUUGUAACUCCAUAAAUUACAAACCCUGAGAAAUCAUUUCAUCUCAAAAGUCAUAUUAUCACCGAAGUGUUUCUAGCACCUUGUAAUUUCUUACAGACUUACAUGUCUGGCAACCUGACA